GACGACCUUGUGCUCUGUAUUCUCUCCAAACUCAGCUCCACCGCCAGCUGCCCUUCCGAUUUCAUCAACGUUUUGAUAACAUGUAAGAGACUGAAUGGAUUGGGUCUGCAAUCGCAAGUUUUGGCCAAAGCUUCUCCGAAGACGUUUCCGGUGAAGCCCCAGAACUGGUCGGAGUCGGCUCACCGGUAUCUCAAGAUUUUGGCCGACGCCGGCAACGUGGAGGCUUGCUAUACUCUCGGCAUGAUUCGCUUCUACUGCUUACAAAGCCGGGGCAGCGGCGCGUCCCUCAUGGCCAAGGCCGCGAUUGGAGGCUACGCGCCGGCGCUUUACUCUCUGGCUGUGAUUCAGUUCAAUGGGAGCGGGGGCUCCAAGAACGACAAGGACCUCCGUGCCGGAGUUGCUCUCUGCGCGCGUGCGGCCUUUCUCGGCCACAUCGACGCGCUCCGGGAGCUCGGGCACUGCCUCCAAGACGGCUACGGCGUCCGACAGAACAUAACGGAGGGGAGACGGUUCCUGGUGCAGGCCAACGCGCGUGAACUCGCGUCGGUUCUGGCAUCAGCCGCUGCUUCCGGAAUCCCCAUGCGGCAGCUGCUGACGUGGACGCCGCUCCCGCAUCCACAUCCGCACCCUCAUCCUCAGUUGCGUCAUCUGACCGGGUCGGGUUGCCCGUUGCUCAGCGACUUCGGGUGCAACGUGCCCGCUCCGGAGGUCCACCCGGCGAACCGGUUCUUAGGUGACUGGUUCGCGGGCCGGGCCGACGGGCUGCCCGGGCCGGGUCUGAGGCUCUGCUCGCACGUGGGAUGUGGGAGGCCCGAGACAAGGAAACACGAGUUUCGUCGGUGUUCGGUUUGUGGGGCAGUGAACUACUGCUCACGCGCCUGCCAGGCACUUGACUGGAAGCUGCGCCACAAGGCCGAGUGCGCUGCCGUGGAGAGGUGGGUAGAUGAGGACGGAGAAGGAGCGGAGGGUGACGGAGCCGUUAACGAGGGCGAUGACGUCAUGGAAGAGAGUUAA